UGUAACGAUUAUGAAAAGAAUUAGGAGGACAGAAAAUUAUUAUCUUUAUCAACCUUAAGCCAUUUAUCAAUAACUUAAGAAAUAUAUCACAAAUCUUGUCAGAAAAGGGAAUAAGAGGGGAAAAAAAGAGAGGGUGGAUUUAAAAACAGUAGCGAUAAAGCCAGCGUUUCGAUUUGGUGCAAACAACAGAAGCAGAAUAACAACAUUGAAUGUGAUCUUGUUAUUUUGUACAAUAUUUUUUUAAUCCGACCUAUAUGAAAGAUAACUAAUUAAUUUUACUGUAAGUGUAAUAUUUAUUGUUUCUAAAUCAAGUUUAUCAUAAAAAUGAGGUAUGGCCAACUAGUUAUCGGACCAGCGGGCUCGGGAAAGUCUACUUAUUGUUCAACAAUUGAAAAAUUUUGUGAAGAUACUAAAAGACCACUUAAAGUUGUUAAUUUGGAUCCUGCUGCAGAGACUUUCACGUAUCAGCCAAUUAUUGAUAUUAGAGAAUUAAUACAUUUAGAUGAUGCUUUAGAAGAUGAAGAUCUUCACUAUGGGCCUAAUGGCGGUCUUAUUUUUUGCUUAGAAUAUCUGGCUGGAAAUUUAGAGUGGUUGACUGAACAGCUAGGUGAUGACCAGGAUGAUUAUAUUUUAUUUGAUUGUCCUGGUCAGAUUGAAUUGUACACCCAUUUGGAUGUCAUGCCUCGAUUAGUUGCACAUCUCCAUCAAUUAGAAUUUUCAGUGUGUGCUGUCUUUUUAAUUGACUCUCAGUUCAUGAUAGAACCUUCUAAAUUUAUCUCUGGAAUUAUGAGUGCCAUGUCUGCUAUGGUAACUCUUGAAAUUCCACACUUGAAUGUCCUUUCCAAGAUGGAUCUUUUAACUAAGCACACAAGAAAACAACUAGAAAGGUUUUUAGAUCCUGAUAUUCAAUUGUUAUUGCAAGAUGAAGAAAGUUCAUGUAAAUGGGGUAAAAAAUACUCAAAACUAAAUAAAGCUAUUUGCAGUUUAAUUGAAAACUAUAGUAUUGUCAAGUUUCUGCCUUUGGAUAUUAAAAAUCGAGAGAGUAUAGAAGAACUGUUACUAACUAUUGAUAAUGCAAUACAGUAUGGUGAAGAUCUGGAUGUAAAAAUUAGGUAUCCUGAAGAUGAUGACGAUGAUGAUGAUAUGGAUGAAGAUACUUGAAAAAAUCUGUGUAAUUAAAAUUUUAUACCAAUUUGUAAUUAUGUAAUAUAUUUUUUAAUAAAAUGCCAUAGAAACAGUAAUCUUUCUUUUAAAAAAUA